UCCGGAUUCAGACGUAACAGUAGCAACUCACAGCUAAUUCUUCGUCAGCUUCGAAAACAGUACGAGGCCGCUCAGAUCGAAAGCUUACAGCGACCACUGCAAACAAACAAUCCACUCAGGUGCUCGAUAACUGCACAGAGGAAAGAUGAAUGUGUUUGAUCGCAACAUCAACUUCAACGCAAUCUUUAAGUUCUCUCAGAUUUCGCGUUCCACUCAGCAGCACCUGAAGAAUGUCUAUGCCACUUUGUCAAUGUGUAUGUUCAUGGCAGCAGCCGGAGCAUAUGUUCACGUCAUCUUGCGUCUGUUUCAGGGUGGACUGCUGUCAGUGUUGGGUUCCCUGGCGAUGAUGACAUGGCUCUCUGUGACUCCUCACAACCCCGAGACGGAAAAGAAGAGACUCGCUAUUCUUUCUGCAUUCGCCCUCCUCACAGGACUUGGACUCGGGCCUGUCAUGGAUUUUGUCAUUAAGAUCAACCCAAGCAUCAUCGUUACGGCGUUUCUAGGCACCUCGGCCAUUUUCGUCUGUUUCACUCUGAGUGCUCUUUACGCUCAGCGCAGGAGUUACCUGUUCCUUGGAGGCACCCUGUUGUCUGGCCUGUCCAUCAUGCUGCUGAUUUCAAUCCUCAACGUGUUCGUCGGCUCCCUCGCGCUCUUUAAGGUUAAUCUCUACAUCACUCUGGCCAUCAUGUGCGGGUUUGUGCUGUUUGACACACAGCUGAUCAUUGAGAAAGCAGAGAUGGGAGAUAAAGACUACAUCUGGCAUUGUGUGGAUCUCUUCAUGGACUUUGUGUCUAUCUUCAGAAAGCUCAUGAUCCUGAUGGCUAUGAAUGAGAAGGUGCGCUAACCCUGCCCAAUUUAGUCUAAUAAUGCAUUAAUAUCUCCCUCUCACACAUACGCACGCACACACAAUAAACCAUGUUCUCGUCAA